CGAAAGGCAGACGGGUUUGCUUGCCACAGCAGUUGAGAUAGCAGUCGCGUUAUUCUGAGCUCAGAAACAGUCGUUGGCUCGCUACGCUGAAAGAGCGCCAAGUAUACACAUCAGAAGGCACUGUGAAAAAGAGAGGGCCACCCAACUGUGCCACGAUGGACGAACAGUCAUACCGUUACGUCGAAGGCCUAAGGAUGCACAAGCUCUUCAAAGAUGAAGCUAUCCUCUCCGCAAUGAACUACAAACCACGGGAAGGAGACGUACUUGUCGUUACGUACCCGAAGUGUGGCACCAACUGGACGCAGUUUAUAGUUUACAACAUUUUAUCACAUGCGGCGCCAGUCUCCAACAUUGGGGAGUUCAGAAUGACGUGCCCGUUUAUCGAUAUGACGGGAGCAAGCUCUGCAGAGAACCCGGUGAGAAAUGGCCCCAUUAUCACGCACUUGCCGUUUAACGUAUUACGUCCAGUGGACUGUGCCAAGUACAUCUACGUAACCAGGAACCCUUAUGACUGUGCCGUGUCCUUCUACCACUUCAUGAAGGGGCUGACUCCGAAAACCGUCCCUGAUGUUUCCUUUGAGAAGUUCCUCAGCCUCUACCUGGAAGGAAAGGUCCUCUACGGCGACUACUUCGAUCACCUUCUGCCAUGGUAUGAGCAUCGAGGGGCAGAAAAUAUUCUAUUCAUCACAUAUGAACAACUGAAGGCGGACACGAGGUCGCAAGUGCUUAAAAUCGCCGAUUUUCUUGGCGAACAACACGGGACUGCGUUGCGUAAAGACGAUGACCUUCUUCAGAGAGUCCUCCACGCUUGCAGUCUGGAAAGCAUGAAGGCUAUCUUCAGUGUAAAACCAGUGGACGUGGCAAAGAUGAGACUUGAAGCUUCACCGGAGGAGUCAGAGACGUUUGCAGUGAUGAAGGACAUGGCCGAGCUUAAGGUGGAAAUGCAUGAGGGCUCCGGUUUUGUUCGCAAGGGAAUCGUCGGCGAUUGGCGAAACUAUUUUACGACGGAGCAGGUAAAGCGUACGAAAGAAUGGAUCAGGCAAAAGACCCAGGGGAGCGGCGUCAUGGCACUAUGGGAAGACUGUGAUCUUCCUUGAGGAACUGUAGGGUAAUAUGCAUAUUACGGCACACACGCAUGGCCUUAUAUACAUAUGUGAUAGGGGUUACAAUGUGUAUUUUCAGGUGUAUAUGCAUUAAAUAAAAGCAUGAUUUUGGCUUCUAGCGCGAAGUGGAACACGGACACUGAAAUAAAAGCAAGAUAGCCUGCUGAA